AUGGAAAUCCAGGAGCCCCUCAACUCUGCUAACAGGCCCAGGCAGCCCACAUUGUCUCCCUUGAGGAUCUUGAGGGGUGCUUUGUUGUUGGCGAUGUUCCUCUCAACUGCGUUCAUGCUGUUAGUUUGCUUAGCGCCCUGGACUGCUGUGGUGUUGAGAUUUUUCAGCGUCCACUAUAGCAGGGUGGCGACAUCUUGCCUCUUCGGUGCAUGGCUGUCUAUGUGGCCUCUGUUGUUCGAGAAAAUAAACGGGACAAAAGUGGUGUUUUCCGGAGAAUAUGUGCCCGAAAAGGAGCGAGUUCUGAUACUUGCCAACCACAGAACUGAGGUGGACUGGAUGUACUUGUGGGAUCUUGCAGCGAGAAAAGGCCGGCUAGGUUACAUCAGAUAUGUGCUCAAGAGCAGUCUGAUGAGGUUGCCCGUGUUCGGUUGGGCCUUUCAGAUUCUCGAGUUCAUCCCUGUGGAGAGGAAAUGGGAACUCGAUGAAUCGAAAAUGCUCCAUAUUCUUUCAUCUUACAGGGAUCCUGAUGAUCCUCUGUGGCUUGUGGUUUUCCCAGAAGGCACCGACUACACGUAAUAGUUCUUCCCUGGCUCUUCGCACCCUUUGCACUUGCAGUCAUUUAUGAUGUCUUCCUUGUUGAAUCUUCUGACGCAAUUCUACUGAUUUUUGUCUCAGCGAGCACAAGUGUAUAAGAAGCCAGCAAUAUGCUGCUGAGAACGGCUUGCCUAUCCUCAGAAAUGUUCUUCUUCCGAAAACAAGAGGCUUCUAUGCGUGUUUUGAGACUCUGAGAUGCUCGCUGGAUGCAGGUUCCUCCUUCUUACCUUACCUAGGCAUUUUUAUUUUUAUUUUUUGUUCUGAGCGCGUUGACACAUUUUCCGGCAUAUGAGUUUGAGAUGAGAUCUUGGUACUAAAUCAACACGCGAAUAGGAUAAUCUCUUAUAAGGUGUUUGGUUUUUAUAAGAUUGCCACCCAUAAUCCUGGGUUUAGUGCGUUCAAUUUUCGAUCUGUAAAAGUCAACCUUUAAUCCUGAGUGGUAAUUGCCUGAUCUGGUGCAGUCUACGACAUAACCAUCGGGUACAAGCACUGGUGCCCUCUAUUCAGAGACAACAUACUCGGCGUGGGGCCCUCCGAGGUCCACAUCCACGUCAAACGCAUCCCGGUCAACGAGAUCCCAUUGUCGGAGAACGAUGUGGCUGGCUGGUUGAUGGACAGAUUCAGGGUCAAGGACCACCUGCUCUCCGACUUUACUGCUCAGGGGCACUUCCCGAACCAGGGAACCGAGGGAGAUCUCUUCGCGCUGAAAUAUGUGGUGAUCUACGCCCUGGUGAUCGCGGCGACCUGCACCUGUACCUACCUCAUCACCUUCUCCUCCAUUUGGAUCAAAAUCUACGUGCUCGCGAGCUGCGGGUACUUCGUAUCUGCAACCUAUUUCGAUCUACAACCCUCGCCCAUUCUGUAA